AUGGCCACCGAACCAGGCAAACGAACCGUUUCAUACGGACGAUUCCACAAUCUCCAAACAAUCUCUGUGGCUACCCUCCCACCGCGCCUCGAUGGCUUUUGGGUCAUCUACAUCCACGGCGGCGCCUGGCGCGACCCAACAAUAACAGCAGACAGUUUUGAAAAAACUGAAAACAUCCUCCGCGCAAACCCACACCUCCCCAUCGCAGGCUACGCCUCAAUCUCAUACAGACUAAGCCCUCACCCAAACCACCCCCAAGACACCGAAGAAACACCAGCCGAGUCCCUACGCACGGCAAAACACCCAGACCACAUCCGCGACGUCGAGGCCGCACUAGCCUUCCUCCAAAACACAUACGCCUUCGGUGACAGGUACAUCCUAGUCGGACACAGUUGCGGCGCAACACUAGCCUUCCAAGCCGUCAUGGGCGCCGUCGCGGGACACAGGGAAGUACGAUUCAACGGAGGUGUGAACGAUUGCGGCGCUGGCGCCGAGAAUAUCUCCAGUUCGCCAGGUCCCCUGCCACCAGCGCUGACGUCGCAACCUACCGCUAUUGUGGGUGUGUCGGGGAUAUACGACCUGCGCAAGCUGCGCGAUGAUCAUCCCGGUAUCGAUGCCUAUCGCGAAUUCAUUGAGGAGGCGUUCGGCGCGGAUGAGUUACUUUGGGAUACGGUUUCGCCGGCGCAGAUGAUUGGGUCGCGGGGCGUGGAGGGUGGGUGGAAGGGAGGUAGACUGGCAAUCCUUGCUCAUUCAAAUGAUGAUCAGCUUGUUGAUCGGGGCCAGAUGGAUGUUAUGUAUGAGGCGUUGAAGGGGUGGGAACGGGAGAAGGCGACGAGGCGGCGUUCUUCGGCGCGUCGUUCUUCUGCGACGGUUGAGGAAUCUGGGAAUGAUGAUGGGAGUCGGGCGGUUAGGACGAUGAUCAUUGAGGGGGAGCAUGAUGAGAUUUGGAGUGAGGGGGAGCAGUUGGCGAGGACGAUCAAGUAUGCGUUUGUAGAAUUGUUGAGGAUGGGCAUUGCGCCUGAGCCGGAGCCGUUUGGGGGUGAAAAGGUUCCUUCUCAUUGA